AUGACCUCAGCUCUUUCAGCGGCACGUGCUUGUGCCCAUACCAUUCUUUGGGAAAGUCUCCGCUUCUCUGCAUUUGAGGGUGCCAUUCCACACAUAUUAUUAGUAGUGGAUCGAACACCAUGUACACUACAGAAAGUACUAGUGGAAGGAUAUCUGCAGGAAUUACAACAUUAUAAUGCUACUACUAUCACAACAACUACAACAAAAACGUCUACUUCUACAUCACCGUUAUCACUAUCACCCUCAUCGGGGACGUUACGCAUUGAUCUUGAUCUCUCUGCCACUACACCAUCUUUCACAUCAGGAUUAGAUUCUAAUUGGAAAGUAACAUGUGGUGUCGUACCAUUUCAUGCAGAAACAUUUCUUGAUGAUGUGCGAUUAUUACAGGCAUUUCUGCGUCAAUGUGGAAAACCUACUGAAUCCGUCGAUGAUAAUGAGUCACGCGAGACCCGAUGGUCAGAGAGUAAAAUGUUAAGAGUCUUUGAAUCACUGGCGCCACUUCUAGCGCCUGAUGAUGAUAGCAUCAAAAAUAAUAAUAAUAAUAAUAAUAAUAAUAAUAAUAAUAAUAAUAAUAAUAAUAAUAAUAAUGAGAAUCACAACGACAGUAGUGGAUCUGAUGGGGCAUGGAAGGAUAAACUUUUUCGUGCACUCCGUGAAGGUCCACCACGUGAAUUAUUGGGAUGCAUUCUUAUUGAACGUAAUGCCUUUCAGCUUGAAUUAGAGAAAUAUCGUUUACGGCUGGAUCUUUUUAAAAUGGGUUUGCGUGUUGCCGAACACAAUCAUUUGGAAAUAAUGAGUCGUGCAGCAGAUGCAUUGGCCGCUGAUAAUCAUCAUUGUAAGAAUGGAAAAGAAUGUUGCUUGGAAAAUGAAGAGAUUAUAAACUACAUGCGUUCGUGUUCUUUACAACCACAUGUUUCAGAGUCUAUUGGACGAGCUAUUGCAGAUUCUAUUGAUGCAUGGAGUUGGGAAAAGAGACGAACUCCUCAAUAUGGAGACGAAUUGGUGAAAGUGGUUCCACCAGAAUCUUUUCAUGCAGCUCUGGGGAAUAAGGAUUUAUGGUCUGUUUACAGUGAUGGUGUGCUCCUGUGGAGGGAGGAAGAAGACGCUUGCAAAGAUAACAAGAAUAACGUCUGUAAUAGCAUCAAUAAUAAUGAUAAUAAUAAUAAUUAUAAUAAUAAUAACAAAGAUCAUGAGAAGGAGUCCACAAUAGUAGAUAAGCAUCCUGCUACUGCUACUACUACUACUACUACUUCUGAACCAUUCGUUAUUACAGGUCCAGGUGCACCACUUCGCAUCAUCUGUCAUGAUGGACAAGUGUUGAGUUUCGAUGGUGGGAUGGAGGAUUGUCUGCUUAACACGGGUUACUACACAGCUGCACACCUGCCGGAUCGUAAUACUGUAGAGGGUCAUCGCCAGCGGUUUCCAGUACAUGAUAACACCGAUAGCGAAGGGAGAAAUAAACAGAGUUUAACCAUGAAGAAGGAGGAGAAUGAACGCCAUUUUGAAGAAGAAAUAGAUGGGGUAAGGAAUAUGGAAGCAGGAGUAGGGGACUCAUUACCAGAUGCAGAUAAACGUGGUCGCAUGAAGAAGAAGGAAUAUCUUUCCAUGUUAAAGCGAGCCGGCAAAAAACCAGGAGCGACAGCAGCAACAACAACAGAAGGUGGUAGUCGCAAACGUACAACUUCACCAUCAGAAGAUGUUUGCGGUGGCGAUGGGGCGUGUGUGGGGAGCAGCAUUGGUGGUACAUUCCCUGUGGGUGAAGUAAUCAGUGAGUCUUUUGAUCUCAGUAAACUGAGUGGGACAUGUACUGUUUUUGCGUACCCGAAUCUAUUUAAGGAAGUUACCAUGGCACAACCACAACCAAUAACACUUCGCAUUGAGCGUGGAAUUGUAACCGAUAUCUCUGAUAAUGCCCCGGCAGAAUUUGUGGAACUCAUUGAACUUGUACGGCAAUGCGAGGGGGCGUGUUAUGUGCGGGAGCUUGGCAUUGGCCUCAGUCCACAUGUUGGUAAAGGCCGCGUGGUGAGUGAUGUGACGGCGUUUGAGCGGCAGUUCGGCGUGCACGUCUCACUUGGCCAGCGACACCCGUUGUUUGUUAAGCAGGCGGUGAAGCGAAAUCCCGAUUCGACCAUCGCAACAGCCACAGCAGCGGCGGGUGGUGGGGAAUUGCGGGUGGAGGGGCCGGUGUUAAAGCGCAAGGCAGGGAAAUAUCACAUUGAUGUAUUUCUCGAUGCCGCGAGACUGGAGAUGGGGGCAUUUGCAGUGGACUUUACAAAAGGUGUUCGCAGUACUCAACCAGAUACUGUUGCGGUGAAUGUAUAA